AUGGAACAGCACUACUACCAUUAUGUCACUGGUGGCAUCGCUACGCUGCUUCUUGCCUUAAUCCUCUCUUUAUUUUUAUUGUAUAGAUUGCUGCAAAAGAGCCGAUCCCGCAGCACAAGUAGCCUGAUAAAGAAGAAGAAGAAGGAGGAGGAGGAGUCAGCCAUAACUGGCAAAAGCCCUGCUCCUCCUGCUGAUGGGCCACCGGAUGUGGUCGUUGUCGGCGCUGGUGUGGCUGGUUCCGCCCUCGCCUACUCUUUGGCCAAGGAUGGGCGCAUCGUUCAAGUGAUUGAGAGGGAUUUAAGCCAGCCCGACAGGAUUGUUGGCGAGCUGCUGCAGCCGGGAGGCUACCUCAAACUGGUUGAGUUGGGAAUGGAAGAGUGCGUUGAGGAGAUUGAUUCGCAGAAAGUAUACGGAUACACACUCUACAAACGCGGAAAAUAUGCAAUACUGACCUACCCAUUGCAAGAAUUCAGCUCUGAUGUUUCGGGCAGAAGCUUUCACCAUGGCCGUUUCAUCCAAAGGUUGCGCCAGAAGGCCGCAUCCCAUCCCAAUGUUAGAAUGGAACAAGGAACUGUGACAUCUUUGAUUGAGGAAAAAGGCACAGUUAAAGGAGUGAGGUACAAGAACAUGGACGGAAAGGACAUCAAGACAUUUGCUCCUCUCACUAUUGUCUGCGACGGAUGCUUCUCCAACUUGAGAAAAACACUCUGCAUACCACAGGUGAACAUUGUGUCUCACUUUGUGGGUAUGGUCCUAAACCUGGAGAACGGAAAGCUUCCGCACCCAAAUCACGGCCAUGUAAUCCUGGCCAAUCCCUCCCCUGUUCUGUUCUACCCUGUGAGCAGCACAGAGGUUCGAUGUUUGGUCGAUAUCCCCGGACCCAAGAUGCCUUCCAUUGCUAACGGCGACAUGGCCAAAUACCUCGUAUCAAACGUCGCUCCUCAGCUACCGAUGGAGCUGCGCGACGCCUUCAUCAGCCAGAUUGAAAGCGGCGACAUAAGAUCGAUGCCAAACAGGAGUAUGCCAGCAUCUCCUCUUCCAACCCCAGGUGCAGUGCUGCUGGGAGAUGCAUUCAACAUGCGCCAUCCGUUGACAGGGGGAGGGAUGACCGUAGCUUUAGCAGACGUGGUCGUGCUGCGCGACCUGCUCCGACCUAUGGACGAUUUCUCCGAUGCAGUUGCCCUCACCGCCCACCUCGAGUCGUUCUACAGUCUGCGCAAGCCGGUGGCUUCCACCAUCAACACUCUGGCGGGGGCGCUGUACAAGGUGUUCUGUCCGGCGCCGGAUCAAGCUAGCAGGGAGAUGAGAGAGGCCUGUUUCGAUUACCUGAGCCUUGGAGGGAAGUACUCGGAAGGCCCCAUUGCACUUUUGUCGGGAUUGAAUCCGAGGCCUAUGAGCCUGAUUGCACACUUCUUUGCUGUGGCUGUGUACGGGGUGGGCCGGCUGCUGCUACCGUUUCCAUCUCCGGAGCGGCUCAUGCUCGGAAUCAGGCUGCUUUCCAGUGCACAUGGAAUCAUCUUUCCCAUAGUGAAGUCUGAAGGUGUGAGGCAGAUGUUCUUCCCCAUCACAAUUCCAGCUUACAACAGAGGAGCCUCACUUGUAAUGAAGAGUGCAAUGUUUGAUAUGAUGGCAUAA